CUGUAUUAUUUUCGGAAGCUACAUGCAGAUCAACCUUUUAUGAAGUAACAUAAGUACAUAAAGCAAAUUUGCUGAACUUCCGUAUAAUUCCAGUUUAUUGCUAUUUGGCUUCUUAUUCAUUGUGCGUGUAUUAAAAAUUCCUCUUAGCAUAAGCACGUCAAUUAUAAGUACAUUAAAAUUUUGAGUCGUGUAGUAAUCGCAACAUUAAGUGACAAAAGUGGUAUACGCAUGAAACUGGUCAUAUAAGUAUAAAAAUUUUUAAAUGCAAGUGAAUCGCUGGCAGUCUGCUGAAUACUGGUCCGGCGUCUCGUCAACUGGCUUCAAAUAGCUGAAGAUGCUUCGAAUGGGCGCUAUACUCUUAAUAAUCUGCACCUGCGGUGCUAUGUCUGCGGACAUCCUGAUGGCAACACAAGGCGGUACAAAGUCUCACAAAAUACCUUUUUGGGAACUGGCUAAAGGACUUAUCGCACGGGGUCACAAUAUUACUUUUCUUAGUGGCUUUCGUGCAGAUUUUCAAAUUAAAGGUCUCCACGAGAUAACUCCAUCUGGUUUAGUUGAAUACAUUCAAAACUACACCAAUUGGGAUUUACUGGGCUCUCGAAUGGCUGGAGAUAUGCCCAUUAAGCCAUGGGAUGGCCUGAGAUAUGCUUUCGAAUCGUGUGACGCAAUGCUUCGGGACACAGAAACUAGAGAAUUGUCAACUCGAACCUUUGACUUGGCCAUAUUAGACGGAGCCUUCCCGGAAUGCGCGUUGGGAUUGGUGUACCAGCUUAAAAUCCCGUUUAUGUAUAUAAACACAGUAGGCUUCUAUACCGGUAGCCUCUCUAUUGCAGGAAAUCCUGCAAGCUAUGCCGUUACUCCGAAUUUUUAUUCUCGAUUUACGGACACGAUGAAUAUCUAUAAUCGGGCCAUAAACACGGGUAUGCAAAUUGGACAAAACCUUCUGCACAUGUACGUUAUGCGGCGAACUCAUCUUGUGUUGCAGCAUCAUUUGGGCAAGCAUAUACCGCACCCUUAUGAAAUGUCUCGUAAUGUGAGCUUUAUUCUCCAAAAUGGGCACGCAGUGGUGUCAUAUCCUAGAGCCUUUAAUCCAAAUGUGGCAGAGGUUGCUUGCAUUCACUGUAAACGAGCUAGAAAACUUCCCAAAGAUCUAGAGGACUUUAUUGGCGCUUCUGGAGUUUCAGGAUUCAUUUAUGUAUCGAUGGGCUCAUCAGUGAAAGCUGCGAAUAUGCCUGAAUCGCUCCGUCGCAUGCUAGUAAAAACGUUUGCCCACUUGCCAUAUCAUGUGCUAUGGAAGUACGAAGGCAGAGCUGCAGAUAUACAGGAUCUUACUUCAAAUGUGAAACUUUCAAGGUGGCUUCCUCAGCAAGACAUAUUGGGUCAUCCAAAAUUACGAGCAUUUGUCACCCACGGAGGCUUGCUUAGCAUGUUUGAGACAGUAUUUCACGGAGUACCAGUCGUAACCAUGCCAGUAUUCUGCGAUCAUGAUGUUAAUUCUGCCAAAGCCGAGGUAGACGGCUACGCCGUCAAGCUGGAUCUUGAGUCUCUGUCAACUAAUCAACUUUAUAAGGCAAUCAUGAAAGUGAUUCAUGAUCCGCGUUAUAAAAAUGCAGCUCGCUAUCGCCAGAAUCUUUUACUAGAUCAGCGCUCGACAGCCUUGGAGACGGCCAUAUACUGGACUGAAUACGUGCUUCGUCACAAGGGCGCUUAUCAUUUGCAGACACCUUCUCGAAAUAUGCCAUGGUGGCAGUACUAUCUUCUAGACGUUUUCGCCCUUUAUCUAUUUGCUUCCUUCAUCUUAUUUAUUUUACUGAAACGCCUUGAUUUUCGGACUGAGAAGGUACAAAGCAUUCAAGUCACGACGUAUACUUCCCCAAUCCAAUCGGGAAUGAAGCCUAAGAAGCUCUAACUGAAGCCUGCCUUUACAUAUAUGCCUAGAAAUAAGAAAGUUUUAAAUUGUACUGCAGCAGCCAAAGUUUACUUCAGCAAGCCUCAGAAUAGGAGCAAAUAAAUUUUCUUUGUUUUUUUUUUUUUGUUAAAUAUCGAUGGCAGCUAAAACCUUGUAAAUAUGUUUUACCUAUAUAAUUAAUUAAAGGAAAAGCCAGCCAAAGUUCGAAAAUAAAACUGUGCCGAUACAUCACUUAUAAAUUCAAUUUAGUCAUGGCAUACUUAUUUUAACAUACGCCUGAGGUUCUUUCAAUCUACGAAAAUUAAACGAAUAUAUGACGUGUUAAAAAUUGUAAA